GGUGGCGGGACGGGCGGGAGGGCGGCCCCGCUCCCGGUGCCGCUCCCGGUGCCGGUCCUGGUUCUGCUCCCGGUCCCGGUGGCCCCGGAGUGCCGUUCGUGCUGUCCCUGUCCCCAGCCCGCGCUGCCACCAUGAGCUCCGAGACCCUGGUCAAGGACGUCAAACCCGGCCUCAAGAACCUCAACCUCAUCUUCAUCGUGCUGGAGACCGGCCGGGUGACCAAGACCAAGGACGGCCACGAGGUCAGGACGUGCAAAGUGGCCGACAAGACCGGCAGCAUCAACAUCUCCGUGUGGGACGAUGUGGGCAACCUCAUCCAGCCUGGGGACAUCAUCCGCCUCACCAAGGGCUACGCCUCCGUCUUCAAGGGCUGCCUGACGCUCUACACCGGCCGAGGGGGGGAUCUGCAGAAGAUUGGAGAGUGGUUCCCCGCAGCCCCCGAGAGCCAGAACGGGAACGGGCUGAGCCCGGGGGGGCCCCCCGCGCACCCCCCGAGCGGCCGCAUCACCCGCAGCCAGCCCGGCCCCGUCAGCAACGGCAAAGAGACGCGCAGGAGCGGCAAGAGAUAACGGGGACCCCCCCGGGAACCCCCCCGGGACCCCCCCGGCACCGGGGGAUCCCCGGUUCCCCAAACCCGCGGCAAGGAGGGGGUGCCCGGUGUCCCCCCCCGGGCGGGUCCGGACCCUCUCCGCUGCUCGGGGGUCCCGUGGGGGGCGGCUCUGCCUGGACCCCCCCUCGGAACCCCCUCGGAAUCCCCCAGGACGCCCCCGGGAACCCCCUGGCACCGGGGGGUCCCCGGUUCCCCAAACCCGCAACGGGAAAAGGGUUCCCGGUGUCCCCCCGCCCCGGUGCUGGUCCCGACCCCCCUCCGCUGCCCGGGGGUCCCGGCGGGGUCCAUCCCGUGCCCCCCGCCCACCCUCGGGAGGGGUUAAUAAAGAACCGAGCUCUG